UGAUGAAAAGAUGGAGACUGAGGACCAAGAAUCAUCUGAAGGAAACACUCUUGCCCAGCAAACGGCGGGCCAAUACCAGGGGUAUAAUGAAGAAGAAGAAGCAGCAAGGGCGGGUCCAAGCGGACUCGCUACUAACCAACCAACAACAAGCAGAGCCCCUGAAGAAACUAUGUGCCAGACUUGUGGAUCCUCAUCUGAAAGUCAAGAAGGGGAGGUUUUCCGAUGUGACAUUUGUGCAAAGGAAUUUUUAUCAGCAAGAGGCCUUCAGCUUCAUCGCCAGGCCGAUCAUGAAAACGUAAGGUUCAAGUGCACGGAAUGUGGCCAAAUCUUUAAGCGCAGAAGUGAUCUUCUGGCACAUUUGAAGAAUCACUUGGGAAUGUUGCACCAAACUUGCAGUGAUUGUGGCCUUGUCUUUAAACGGCCAUCGACCCUAGGUCAACAUUAUAAUAGAGUUCAUCUGCAUAUGGUGACUUAUCACUUUUGCUCUAAAUGUGGGAAACGGUUUGAGUCGCGACCAUCUAUGAGGCGUCAUGAGAAAGAUUGUAACAACGAGUAAGUCCAACGUUUCUUUCAUUUGCACCUAAUUUUGUGUUACUUUUACAAGUGUUUCAGUCGUUUGAUUCAUGACAAAGACUCAUCUUUGUCACAAUUUUCUGCAUUGAAGACGAUCAAUAAAAGCCUUUAUUACUCUGUUUAGUUUUUAAGUGCACUUUUGCUCUAAAUGUGGGAAACGGUUUGAGUCGCGACCAUC